GAUAAUAAACCCACCGACUUGACGCCGAAAACAACACCGGCGGACCGGCGUUUGGAUUAAAUUGUCACCCGGCUCCCCUCGCUUGCUUUUCGGUGUGUGGCGUGCAUGCAGCAGAAUGGAUCGGACGAGGGUCCAUCCAACGGCGAGCGCCAGUCUCCGUCUUUCCGCAUCGCCAGCCCGUUGCCAUCGGCCACUUCGCGGGUGAGGAGGUUCGUCCAGGAGAGACGGGCGCUACCUCUGCCUAGAGUGAUGGUGGUAUUCUCGGCCGCAAGUCAAACCGAGAAACCGGGCGGUGCAAUGUCGAGCUCCGACACCGCAGAGGAGGACUUCGGGAAGCCAGCACUCCCGGCUCCGAAUCUAAACCUGGGCAAGGCUCUCAGGUCGACCCUGGGCACACUUCAUGAGUUCCCAGAGGUCAUUCCUCUGAAUGUGGGGGGCACAUACUUCACCACCCGCCUGUCUACACUGAGGCGCUACGAUGACACCAUGUUGGCUGCCAUGUUCAGUGGACGUCAUUACAUCCCACGCGAUGCCGAGGGUCGCUUUUUCAUCGACCGGGAUGGGGCAUACUUCGGGGACAUUCUGAACUUUCUGCGAGAGGGUGAGCUACCUCACAGGGACCGUGUAAGGGCGGUACACAGAGAGGCCCAGUAUUAUGCUAUUGGACCCCUACUGGACAGCCUGGAAGACACUCAGCCUCUAACAGGAGAGAAAGUUCGCCAAUCCUUCCUCGAUCUGCUGCCAUACUAUAAAGACAAUCUAGAGCGCAUUAUGGAGAUUGCCAAGCUAAGAGCCAUGCAGAGGAAGGCGCGUUUUGCCAAGCUAAAGGUCUGUGUCUAUAAGGAGGAGAUGCCCAUCACACCAUAUGAGCGUCCACUUUUCAACUCUCUUCGCUUCGAGCGCACGGACAGUGAGGCCAAGCUCUUCGAACACCACUGCGAGGUGGACGUGUCCUUCGGCCCCUGGGAGGCAGUGGCAGAUGUUUAUGACCUGCUGCAUUGCAUUGUCAGUGACCUGGCUGAGCGUGGUAUUACUGCUGAACAGCAGUGCAUCGGUGUCUGUGACAAGCACCUUAUCAAUCAUUACUACUGCAAGAGGCCAAUCUAUGAGUUUAAGAUCACGUGGUGGUAAAGCUGGAGGGAAAUGGCCUUCUUUUUCAUCUCACAACUGCGGGGGAGUGGUUCACAAAGCAGAUGGAUGGAUGACCUGAAAUGAUGGCCUCUUUUCACCCUAUUCUAGGCUGAGACAGGAUGGGAUUCAAGACAAUUUCUCCAGACCUCUGGAGGCAAAGAGUCCUGAUCAUCCUAACGAUUAUUAAGCUUAAAGGUGCUAUGUGUAAUUCUACUUGAAGCCUGACCCGUACCGCUCAGUGAUAAGAAAAACAACAAUAAAUCAAAGCAAGCAAGACAAAUAAAUUCAAAUCGAAAGCCAGAGGAUGUGCAGAACGUUUGCCAACAUCUGCUAUCUUCCAAUGCCCUCAGUAGAUGUAAUUUAGCUGUUAGCUGCAUAGUUAUGAGUGUGAGCAAAGUAAUUUGAUGGUUUGGACAUCAAACAUGAACAAGUAGCUCAGCAGGCUCAGCUCUUGUGCUUUCUGACUGCAGAGAUCUUGGGAUUGGGGAGGACAUGAGUCCUUUACUUCGUAAGAAUCACUACCAUUCAGCACCCUCUGCUGAUAUUUACAAGUCAUCAUGUUUCUGGAAAGCCAAAAUAUUACACAUAGCACCUUUACAUUUAUUUUUCUUAUUCUUUUUAUGUGUAACAUGCAUUACUUCAUCCCAGUGAUUCUCGAGUGAUGGGUUAGGUUCCAGGAGCCAAAAUGAAUAGUAGCAUCAAACAUAAGUCUGAGUUUGUCCUGUUUGUAUCCCUACCUUAAAAAAAGUCAGGAUUUGUGGUUGAGGUCUUAUAAGCUGUUGUUUUAUUUAUUUGCUUAAGAAUGUUAUAGUCAAUUGGCAAAUGCUGUUGGUUGCUCACAUUAACCUCUGUCUCUCAUGGCACUGACAUACUAAUCCUCUAUAAUGUUUUUCCAUAAUCAGUGUUAAUUUGGUAGUUAGUUGUAUUUUUGUUAUGAAAGAAAGACUUCUCAACUUAACUGGAUAUAAUUAAGUAAGCUAGUGAGAGGUUUCUAAGACUAUAUGUCCAUAUGUAAAUAACUAUUUUUGGUACUAAUUGUGUCAUUUUGGCUUACACAUUAUUUCAUAUCAAUUUUUAUAGGUUAUGUUUGCUUAGAAGUAAUCCAGAAACAAAGAUAUCAUCAAGGUCAACCCACAGCUGAUGUCAAAUCAUUCUCAAAUUGAUUGAUUCAAUCCUUUAUCCAUGCACUGACUGUAUUAUAAUAGCUAAAGAUGAAUUUUAAAUGUAUUUUUAGGCUAUAAAUGAUUUUAUUGUAAAUAGCUCUAUUUUUUUUCUGUAAACAUCUGUAACCUGUUUUGACUCACAGUGAAGUCUGAAAGUUGCACAGAUUUAUUUAUCUGAUCCAAAUAGCUGCAAUUGCGUUGUUCUCAUCCGUUAUGCCAGAAUUACAGCAAUUCAAUUUAGUACACAGUCCACUGUGAAAGUGCAUGCAGCAUUAUUAAUACUUCACCAUUUGACAUAUUUAAAGUGAGGGUUUAUGAAUGACAACUUUACCAUUCGGUGUACACCAGAUCACAGUUGAUAGAAGAGAGAUCAUCUUACAAAUGAGUACAAAGCAUCUCACUUGAGUUGGUUUGAAUCUGACCAUUCCCUACACAUGACCACCGUUUAACAUGUUCUGCACAGCUCUGGGCUUUGAUGUAGAGAGAGAGCAAAGAUGGGAGCAAACGUUCUGAGCCUGUCUUAAUCAUGCAAAAAAGAAGCAGUAUAUAAUUUCCAAGGAAAAACCACACCCAACAUUUUGGUUGUAAAGCCAAAAGAUGUGUCUGGUGCUGAACUGGCACCCACAAAACACUAAUACCCUCUGCAAGGAGCAGUGAUGCCAGCAUCAUGCUGAGCUCUUUCUCUCUGGUAUGGACAACACUCUUGUCAUGAGACAGGGAAAUUUUGAUUAGCUGCAGAUACCAAGACACUAGGGAGCAAAAUCUCUCAAUAUAAAUAACACUAUCUUUUAAGAGCAAAUCUGAUUUUUACAAAUAGCAUAAUUGCUACCAUACUAAAUACAUUUGCUAAAAUAGUACUAAUGGUAGCGUUACUGGUCUGUGUUGUCCUGUUAUGACAGGAAAAAAGGGCCCUAAUGGUACAGUUCAAGUGAAGAUUCAGUCAAUCUACUGUAUAUCUUGUACAAAUUGCUUAAAGCCAAUGAAAAGGAAUGGAUAUAAACGGACACUUUAUAUUUUGAAAUGGUUCUUUAGGCAUUCUGUUAGAUUAAACAAGUUACACUACAAGAUAUGCAGUUGAAAAUACAGCGGUGACACUUAUGUGAUAGUUUUAAUUGCUCUUUUUGUAUUUCAGUUAUUUAUACUAUACUGGCCUCAUAGUAUUUAUAUUAAAAUAUACUUAAAAACAGUUUCUCUUGCUGCAUGUUAUUUUGUUUUUAUAGCAUUUUAGAAUA